AUGGAGAUAGUGGCUCGUAAGUUGCGGGGUCACGAGAGCGAUGUGUACGUCUGCGCAUGGAGUCCCACUAAUGAUACUUCACUGGCCAGCGGUUCUGGAGAUGGCUCCGCUAGGAUGUGGGACUCAUCCGGUACGUUUAUGGUGACGCUCCGCCAUUGCCUCAUAAAGGAUGGCAUCGAGGUGCCCAGCCACAAGGAUGUAGUUGCUCUGGACUGGCACCCCACUGGUAAUCUGCUGGCCACUGGAAGUCACGAUGGCCACGUAAGGAUUUGGAGAACGAACUGCAUCCUGCAAACCACUCUGGAGCCACACGACACCUCAAUUUUUGUGCUCAAGUGGAGCAAGUGCGGCAACCACAUCCUCACCGGCGGAGGGCAGAAAACCGCAAUGGUUUUUGGCUGUGGACUGGCUGUCCAACGAUAUCUGGGAGUGCAGGAACCCAUUAGAAGAUUCACUGGACACACGGGCCAUGUGAAUGCGGUCAGGUGGUGUCCGCAGGGCGAACUGCUGUCCUCCGGUGGCGAUGAUAGAACCUUAAAGAUUUGGAAUCUGAGCAGUGAUCGCUGCUGCCGCACUUUGCAGGGUCACUCCGGUGACAUCACUGCGCUGGCAUGGUCGCCCACAGGAGAUAGAACCUGUAACUCCAAGGAGAAACGAAUCCUGGCCUCCGCCUCCUUGGAUUCAACGGUCAGGCUGUGGGAUGUCGACACGGGCAGCUGUAUUCGCACACUCAACGAACCCAGGGAUCGGAUCUUCACGGUGGCCUUCAGUCCGGAUGGCCGGCAUCUGGCCUCUGGCAGCUUUGACCAGUGUAUCUACAUCUGGAGCACCCAAACUGGAGAGCUGAUCCACAGAUACAACGCCCCUGGCAGCAUCUACGAGGUCUGCUGGAACUUGAAUGGAAUAGGAAAAUUAAGAAAAAAUGUUUCGAUAUUGAGAAAUUAA